UCUUCCCUGAAAAUGUCUCAAGACGCAUGCACUCUCAAUGCUGAUGGCUCCCUCAAGGAUGCCUUCGAUAUCAUAUUCUACAAUGAUUCAGACAAUAAUGCACCACUACCGCAGGCCCCAUCUUCAGCUCAAUCUACUGCGAAGGAUGCCUACUCCAUUUUACUCCAGGCUGGAUGCACACCAGCACUAGUUGCAGCUGGUUCGCAAUGUUCCACUUGCACCUCAAAACCCUCUGCUCACAUUCGGGAUGCUGAUAAUGCA